AUGUCGGGGGAAACGACGACGACGACGACGUCGGUUACCGUAAAAUGCUUCCCGGGGAAGUUGCAGUUGAAUGAUUUAGAAAUGUUAGGCGGCGUUUUCUCGACUUCAGACGAGUUUAACGGAGAGGAAGACGGAACGCAGCCGUAUUUAUUAUACGAGCACAUCGGGUUGCCAAAGUCAAAAAUGGUCGCGUUUUCUCACACGUGGACGCCUGAGCAAGAGAGAGGGAAGGGAAUAGCUAAAGCAAUCACGCGUGCGGCGCUAGAGUGGGCGAAAGUGAAAGGCUACACAGUGUUACCGACGUGUUCUUAUGUCAAGAAGUUCGCCGAGGAUAAUAAGGACGAGGACUAUGUGAAAGGCGUCGUCAGCGACUUGAAAGGAAGUCGAGUCAUUAGCAACAACGUCAAAAUGUAA